GGUGGCAAACUUAACGUAGUAUGGCCGUCGUCUGGAAGUAUUCACAGUUUUACUUCCACAAAGAAUACGCGAUAAACAUUGCACAGAGCGAAUUGAGAAAGACUUUUUUAAAUAAAUUCUUUACGCGUGUGAGAUAAACAGUAAAAGAAGUGUUUAUUUAGUUGAUACGUAUUAACGUUCGAUCUAUUUGUUGUUUUCGGUUUUCACCAAGAUUUUAAAUAUCAAAAUGUGGUUAGUUAGCCAACCAAAUUCUGUGAUUCUGGAAGUUAAGGUGGAUAGCAAUGCUAUUGGACAGCAAUUAUUGGAAAGGGUAUGCGAGAAGCUAGAAAUCGGUGCAGAAGCCGAUUACUUCGGUCUUCGCGUUUGCUCGGGAUCUGGGCCGGGACGAUGGCUCAACCUCCGCAAUCCCCUCGACCCACACCGCAUCCCCGGAGGACGGCUCGAUUUGCGCGUCAAGUUCUGGGUUCCGCCGCACAUAGCCGGCAUGCGGGCCUCCCAGGCGGAGUACAGGCUGCUGAAGGAGAUAUCGAAGCUGGAGUCGUUCGGGGAGGAGUUGUUCUUCUGCAAGCCCGUGACGGCGAGCAACAACGCGCACAACCUGUACAGCCACCUGCUGUACCACACGCAGCAGGCGGAGGAGCCGCGGGCGCGAGACGAGCAGGAGAUCGACGGCGGCGCGACGGUGGGCUGCCUCACGUCGGGACAAAGCGCCGCGGGCUGCGGUUGCCGGCUCAGCACCUGCGUGGGCGUGGGCCCGCACGGCAUCGUCGUAUACCGCCCGGCGUGCAAUGGAGAGCAGGAUAUCGGAGUUGAAAAGCAGAGUAUUCCCUACACGGCGAUCCACCGCGCGCAGCCGCUGCGGCGCAUCUUCCAGCUGAGCUACGUGUCGGGCGCGGCGCACGCGGCGACGCUGCACGUCAAGAUGGCGACGUCGGGCCAGGCGGCCGCGCUCUACCGCGCCGUCACCGAGAAGCACGCGUUCUACUGCUGCGAGACCGUGCGGAGUGACGUCACCGAGCAGUUCAUACGCGACCUCAAGGGCACAAUAGCGUCAAUAUUCAACGACUCGACGACCCUCGGGCGUCGCUACGUGUUUGACAUCCGGCGCACGUGCCGCGAGGUGCACGACCGCGCGCGCCGCGACGCGCACGCGCGGGAGCUGCGCGAGCCGCGCCCGCCCGCGCCCCGCGCGCCCCGCGACCCGCGCCCGCCCCGCGCCCGACCCGGCGACGAGUCGAGCCGCUCCCGCUCGCGGUCCCGCUCGGCGAGCGCGUCGGGGCUGGCGUGCCGCGCCUGCAUGGACGCCGCCAUCGACACGCUGUUCCUGCCCUGCCGCCACGUCGUGUGCUGCGGCCACUGCGCCACCAGAUGCGAGCGCUGUCCGCUGUGCCGCGGCGAAAUAGAGAAGCUGAUGCACAUAUUCCUGCCGGUGGAGUACCAGAAGAGCACCGGAGUGAUCAUAAAAUGAAGCAGCGAACGCGACGACGACGAUCCCUGAACGAAACGGAAAUUUUCGCUCGAACCUUCGUGUGUUCCCGCCAUUUUGUGCGGCGCGUGACAGCUGUCAGUGCAGCCACAGAUUAUAAACUGUUGUGACGUGUGACCGUGUGACCGUCUAGUCAUAGUGACUAUUUUUGCAUUUUUUUUACGGAAUGGUUGUUUUGUCAUUCCAGUAUAUUUAACAAUAUUGAUUAGUGUUAAAAUAAAUGACAAUAAAAUUGCUAUGAAACUGCCAAUCGGGUUAUCCCAUUUGUGGCUCAUGUCGGUACUUAUUCUAAUUAUUUUUAUUUAACCAUUAUAAUAUGAUAAUGAUUAAAGUACCAAGUUAAGGCUUCCUUCGUUUUAGAAGGCGUAAAAAUAACUUUGUGAUAAAAAUAAUUAAUAUCGACUAAAAACUAACCAAAAAAUGUUCAUAAAUUUAUGCAUUUCUCUAUGUUGGUUAUGUUUAUAUACGGUAAAAAUAAUGAUAGAAGUUCAUCAAUAAGUUAUAAUAAGUGUAAGACCCGUGGUCUAUAAGAUGUAUCUUGUGAAAAAAGUAAAAACAUGAAAAUAUAUUGCUGAAAUGUA